GGUCAGGACAGUCUGGGCACAUUCCUGGGUGCUGGCACUGCCAGCGACUUGGGGUCCUGCAGCCUGGGGUGCAAAGGGAAGACGCAAGGGGACAUCGAAGGAGUCUCUAAGGUGAGCUCCUUGCUGCUGACCCUGCAGGACAAGGUCCCACCAUUCCUCCAGCUCCGGUACUGGCUGCGCUCCUGGAUGUGGCAGGUUUGGAUGGAACAGAUCAAGGCAGCGCAGGUGACACCAAGGAACACACCUUGGUGACGCUGCCCCAAAAUUGUCUGCAGCUGGGGCCUGGGGUGAGGUGGGUCCCAGUUCCACCAGCGUGACCAAUGGGUGUUUGUCCUUCCAGGUGAGCAGCUCCAAGCAGGUAAGUGCCAGCAUCCACAGCUGCACCCCACACUACCCAUCCUACCACCUAUAGGGCAAACCUGCUUUUGCUCAGUGCCCAUGGUUGCUCUGGACUCAAGCUGUCCACCUGAGUUGACUGGAGAUGACCUCCCACAUCUCUUCCCUGGUCCAUGGAGAUCCAAACCUCUGCAGGACAGGGACAAACCUGCGGGGUGGCACCUGGCUGGAGGUGACAUGUGGUGGUGUCCCCAGGCAGUGGCAGGAGCGGCAAGCACAGCGGCAUUCUUCCUCUGUGAGGGGCUGCUGGGUCGGCACUUUGAUGUGGUGCCCAACGGGGCGGCUGAGCCCCAGCCUGGGGACCUCUUCCUCUUCCCACUGGCAUCGAGGGGACCCGGCUGGUGGGGUGCCCACGCUGGUGUCUAUUGCGGUGAUGGGGAGAUCAUCCACCUGGAAGGCACCUCAGGAACAUCCCCAACAGGGAUUGUGGCCAAGCACGGUAAGAGCCACCUCCUGAGGACACGAGGCCCCGCCAAGGUGCUGCGGAUGAAGGGGGGACUGGAUGCGGCUGCCCUGCAGUGGCGGAUCCGGGCAGCCAUGGACAUGGUGCUGGACUAUGAUGCUGUCACCUGUAACUGCAUCCACUUCGCCCUUGCCCUGCUGGGGCUGGGCCAGCUCACUGGGGACAUGACGUUCCCAGCACUGCAGUGAAGGAGGUGGUGAUGCGACCUGGGGAGCACAUAGGUCUGGAGCACCCUUCCUGGGCUACCUGUGGGAUGAAGGAUACAAGAUAAAGGAUUUGGGAAUAAGAAUGUGGGGCUGUCACCACCCAAAUGGAUGAGGGUCAUUGGGGUGUCGAAGUUCUCUUGGGUUAAAUUAAAAUGAAAUGACACCAAACAAUUGGCUGAAUGUUUGUGUAGUUGUUUGUUGUUUGGGUUUUUUUUUGUAUCCCAUUAAACUAUUUAGCACAAGAUGCAGAGUAUAUAUCUGUAUCUUACUGGCAAUAAGGGUUACAUACAGGGUAAAUAUAUUCCCUAAUAUCAGAGAUGUUUUCAUCACCCAUGUGUAUCCCACAUCCAGUUGGAAAAUCCACGUACACUAUAAAAAGUAUUUAGCAGAAUUAUUAAAAUCUAGCAAAAAU